GAAGACAAAAGACGAAGAAACACAGCUGCCUCUGCUCGAUUCCGCCAAAAGAAACGUUUGCGUGAACAGAUCCUUGAGAAGACCGCUAAAGAGAUGACCGCCAAAUCCGAAUUACUCGAAAUCAGAGUUCGUGAACUAGAAAUGGAAAUUAAAUGGCUUCGAGGACUUAUCGUU